AGUCGCUCGCAUGGACGCACCGCUCGCCAAGGGAGAGCACUGCUCGUCUCUCGACCCGGCGGACGCGUCGGCCAUGGGCGUCAAGACCUUUGGGCCCGUCGUCGCGGUCGCCUUGACGCUCAACUUUAUGGUGGGCACGGGCUGCUUUGGCCUCCCGUACGCCUUCUCGGUUGCUGGCAUUGGGCUCACGUCCAUCUUUCUCAUCUUUGGCUUCCUCGGUGCGCUCAUCACGAUGAACUACACGCUCGAGGCCAUGGCCCGCGCCGAAGGCGUCCUCUCGGCGAGAAGCGAGAGCCCGCCUCUCAACCGCCUCACGUACCGCAAGACGGAGUUCUCGGCCAUGAGCGAGCUCUUCGCCGGCAAGACGGGGUACGCAGUCGUGCAGACCGUGCUGGUUCUCUACUGCAUCGGAACGCUUUGGGCCUACGCGAGCAUCUUUGCGUCCUCGGUCGCGUCGGUCUUCCAUACGUUCGUGCUCGGCGACGUCUGCGACGUGUACGCUGCGAACGCGUCGAGCGGGUGCCUCGAGAGCUACUACGGCUUCAUGGCGCUCUUCGCCGUCAUGUCGAUUGCACUCGUGCUCAUGGACCUCGGCGACCAAGCCAACAUCCAAAAGCUCCUCUCGGGCUACCGCCUCCUGGCCUUUGGCAUCAUGCUCUCGACGAUCGCGUUCAAGCUCAGCGUGGACGGCGCCGACGCCAUCUCGGCCCGUCUCGCUACGCGCGCGCACUGGGCGUUCAACUGGCAGAGCUUUGGCGCUGGCUUUGGCCCGACCUUGCUCGCGCUCAACUGCCAGUACAACAUGCCGGCCGCGCUCCAGCCGCUCGACAUUUCGCAGAAAGGCCGCGCGCGCCUCAUCACGUACCUCUCGAUGACGAUGGCAGCGUUCUGCUACUUCUUCCUCGGGCUCCUCGGCGCGCUCGCCUUUGACGACAUCAACCCGCUCGCGAGCUUGAUGUGGAGCAACUUUUCUGGCUGCGGCAACGGCUGGGCCUCGUGUCCGUCCGGCCAGCCGACGGUCUUUGGGUCACUCGUGCACCUUAUCGUUGUCAUGUUUCCCGUUGUGAACGUCACGUCGUCCUUUCCCAUGGUCGGGCUCACGGUCGGCGGCAACAUUCUCACGUCGCUACCCAAGUCGAUCACGGCGCCGCUUGGGCCCGCCGGCGCGCGCAACCUCUCGCGCCUCAUGGCCGUGCUCCCGCCGCUUCUCUUUGCCGCCAUCUUCAAGAAACUCGAUGUCAUUUUCACGUACGCGGGCUUUCUCGGCUUUGGCCUCGGCCUCAUCAUCCCCGCGUGGUUCCAAGUCGCGGGCAUCCAGCACUUUCGCGCAACGUACGGCAACACCGAGGCGGAGAAGACUCCGUUUAGCGUCCCACUCCUGAGCUCGCUUCCCUUUGCGACGAUCUUUCUCGGGCUCACGUUUCUCGUGACGCUCGUCGCGCUCUACUCGCUCGUCGGGUUCUAAUCAUGUUGAAGCAGUGAGUACACAUUCGAGAAGUAGUCUCCUUAGCUAAUGCCAU